AUGAAUGCUGAGGUAUUUAAAAAAUGGUUUAUUGAUAUGUUGAACCACCUCGAAGAGCCGUCGGUUAUUGUGAUGGACAAUGYAUCUUACCACUCAAUGCUCAAAGAUAAUUUCCCCAAAAGCAAUAGUCGAAAAAUCGUUGUCGAAGAGUGGCUGAAAAAUAAAAAUGAUGAAUUUUCACCACAAGAACGGUUUUCUGAAUUACGUGAGCGUGUAAAACAACUUAUUCGAACAUAUAAGCGAUACGAAUUGGACGAAAUAGCACUGGAAAUGGGCCAUGACCAAAUUGAAUUGAUCUGGGCACAGGUUAAAGGGGAGGUAGCUAAAAAAAAUAAUACUUUUAAGAUGACAGACGUAGAAAAGUUGGCGCACGCAGCUAUGGAUGCAGUAACACAGGAGGGUUGGCAGAAGUGUGUUGCACACGCGGAAAAAAUUCAAGAUGAAGAUAAUAGCAAAGAAAUAUUAAGGGAUGUCAUGUUGGAGCCGAUCAUUAUCACAUUACAAGACGACGAUAGCGCUUGGGGUGAUGAAGAUGAUAAAGACAUAUUUGAGGCCGAUCUUUAG